ACCUUACCCAUACUUUAAAUCUCAACCGCCAAAAGCAUUCUUUGGUGUGCGUGGUUAAUGGCUGUUACUCGGGUGGCAAUUAUUCUUGGGGAAGUAUUAGAGGAAAAGCAGAAGUCAUCACUACUGAAAGAAGUUAUUCAAGGUUUGGCUAGCUGCCCACCAGAUUUGCUUACAAAGUUUCAAUCGCAUUUGGAUGGGCUGGGAAACAAUCAGCAGUGUUCACUGGAAUGUAUUUUCUGUCAUCAGAGUGAAGAUUUUGAAUUCCUAGUCUUAUGUCGUCCGUCAACAUCUACAAUCACAUCAUUGUUGACAAGUUUUCUACUCCCACCGAAGAAGUCUGAUGUCAGUCUAAGUGUUAUUCUGAUUUAUGCUGGUUUACUGUCGGAUGGAUCAGCUCAUUGGCUGUUGCCCAAUUUUGUAAUAACACCCACAUUUUUGGCCGACUUCAUUCAUCAUUUGUCAACUCUCUAUCCCAAGUCAGAUGACGCAGAAAAUCAACCACCUCCAAAACCCAUUCGUCUUCACAUUGGUAUUGGAGGGGUUGCAUCUGGUGGAGACUGGCGUCAGCUGGUUAGCAGUCCACCACAAUCCAUUGGAGGACAUGCGUUCCAGGUGUCAGUCAAUCGCUGUCGUACAAUAACAAAGCCCAAAGGUCGUGAGCCUACCGAUACUGCUUCACCACCUACUAAUCCAUUCGAUUUCGAAAGUUUUCUAUGCAGUGUAAUGACCAAAUUGCCUGAUCCCUAUUGUUUACCCCUGAGUCAAGCGUUAGCAUUACGUUCUCCAGCUGAUCCUACGCUUAAAGUUUCCAAACCUUGCAUUUACUUAUUCCCUGAAGGUUCUGGACAAGCGUCUAUCCUAGUCUUACCUGGUUAUAACAUGUUAAUUAAUGCAGGAUGUAGUUACAGGCCUUGUUUUUGGCACGUUGCUAAUUAUGUCGAUCGCUUGGAUUCUGUUCUUGUAACACACUGGGGUAUUGAUAAUAUACUUGGUCUUAGUGCAAUUCUUCCAGCUGUUUUUACACCAAAUACUAAACAAUCUCCACUAUGUCUCCUUACUCCUCCACCAAAUGUUAACCAUACGAAGGUGAAUAAUACUGUUCAAGAUCAACCUCAGUUUCCAGUUAAUAUACCAAUACAUAUCUCUGAAUUAGUUGGUCAGUUAAAAAGUUCAGGUACCAAUCUGGUCGUAUAUCCACUAACUCGUGGUGGUAAACAGUCAGUGGUUCCUAAACCAGUGCAACUCUUUCAGAAGGUGGGUCAAGGAUGCUUGGAGCUAUUCCCUUUAACUCCUGGGGAUGAGGAUUCAGCUGAAUUGCGCAAGUUGAGUGAUGAUUGGUCUAAAGCUUCUACGACGUUGACAACAACUGCUGUCCCCUUGAACCGAACUCUAGGAAGUAAAACCACCGUCUCACUACUUUCCUACACAAGUGUGUCAGCGUUAGUCAUCUGGAGACCAGCCAAAGACAACGAACCUAUACUUAGAUUUCUUUUUGUAUCACCGAAUGCCCACCAAACGCGUAUUUUAUCAAGUCUGGAUGCUUUAAUAACUGGUUUUAUCUACCUUCGUCACACCAAGGCUGUGCCUGCAGAAUAUGAACGAAAACGACCAGUACAACCUUUGAGCGCUGUUUCACGUCGUCCUACAGCAGCAGCACACACAACGGCUACUAGUAACGAAAGUAGUCUAAGUUCUGUUGGACAAAACCACCAUAAUGCUACUCGGUUGUCUUAUGUACCAAAGAAAACACUACAAGAUGGUGUAUCACAUCGACCACCAUCAUCAUCAAAAGGUAUUGCUGCAAAUAAAACAUCUUCUUUGGCUAAAAAUUCUGUCAAAGUGAACCAAGUAACCGAAAGCGCAGAUGCUGUAGAAGCAAACUCGGAAGAAUUAUCCUCAAAACAAUCAGAGACUUGUGAUAACGAAAUCUUAUCUACCCCUGACAUGGUGCCUGCAGAAUCAGUUGUUACCAAUCAUAAUAUCGUUGAUGGUGAAGCAGAUAACAUGAAUGGUGAUGUGCAUAAACCAAAUGGCUAUGUUCAUGAUAUGUCCGACCGUGAACCUUCAUUGUAUUCUGAACAGGCAAACGAUGAUUUCAUGGUGCGUGAUGUAACUACAAUCGAAGUUGAAGACCACUCACCGAGAGAUGUAGAUGUUCACCCUAAUCUAAGUCCUAAAGGUGAUAGUCAGUUAACAACAGCUGAUGAUCCAAUUGCUUCCUGGGGAACUCCACAAAAUUUACCAUUACCAACAGGCUCUGAAGCUUUGAAAAAACCUGCAGCCGUUGCAAAUGGAGAAAAGAAAACAGCCCCUCAUAUGCCAAUAAGAAGAAAUACGUCUGUCAGUGCUACUUCAGUAAAUGUCACCAAAACUAGUGAGUUUGAAGAUAAGGUGAUAUUAAUCUGUUAUUGUAUAGUAUGAAGAGUAGUGUUCACUGAGUUUGCUCAUUAACACGCAUACAAAUACCUCGCAAUAUCAAUUUUCCAUUGAUUUUAGAAUGUUCACCACCGAGUUUGAUAACAGUAAUGGACUUCUGUCAAUUAGAAAGGGUUCGAUGUGAAGGAUGUAUCAUGUUUAUAAAGACCGUACACAUAUUUGUCACCGUAUGUAUUCAUUUCUAUAUGGAGUGUUGGUUGAUGAGUUAGUUUUGUGUUUCUAUAGUUAGGAUGUUGUAGCAUUCACUCUAUAAUAAUAGUUCUCCACUACAAGAAAUGUAUGUUAGCCUAUUCCUAAUUUCUGUAUUUUUCCCUUACAGGUCGUCUGUCUCUUGCUCCGCGUGCAGGCACACAUCUGACUGGAUCUAGCCUAUCAUUCAGUUAUGCUCCUGGUUACACCAUUGCCUCUGGCCAUGCUACUGGUCCUAAAGUGGCACCAUACGAUAAAGUCAAACCGAUGUAUGUUGAUGUUGCAUUUCUCCCAGGAGGAGGAAAUCCAAACUAUGUUGACGCUGAGUGGUUCAAACGUGUUCGAGCUCGUUACUAUGUUGCUACUGAUGUACGACCUACGUGUUCCCUUCUAGAAUCUUUAGUUGUUGGGAAAGAGUCAUGGAGUGGUGAGGACGCACAACUUGAGGUUUCUUUAAUACUUGCCUAUGACACGGAAGAAAUAUUGAUAUGGCUUGGAGUGAAUGCUGGUCGACUCAACAACUGUCAUGUUAAUGUUGCCGCUGUUAUUUCCCGUUCGUCUAUUCAAAUCAUGAAUGAAGAAACCACUGGUGAUGCUUCCCUCAACUAUCCAGGCUAUCGUCUUGACGUAAUAUGAAAGCACAUUUCAUCAUGAAGAUUAUUAUCGGCUAGUAAUCGAUGAAUCUCCAGUUUUCUUUUUUUUCAAUCUUCUUUAUUUUACCAUAAAUAGAUACUUUUUGUUUGUUGUAUAAGCAACAAACAGAAUCAUGUGUCCAACGUAACGUUUACCAUAAUUUUACAAACUAGAUUGUUACUAUCUCAUAUCAUGGUCAUAACCGUUUUCUUUGUCUUUGUAUUUCGAUGAUAACACCUGAGCAGUACGUACGCGUGUGUUUGUGACCCCAACAGCUGGUUUGUGGUCGUAUGUCUGCUUAUAAAAAGCAAGCAUAGUAUGAGUGCUGUACGAUUUUCAUUUGUAAUCCGUGAGUAUAUAACCGUAUUGUUUUACUUUCUUUUCAUUCUUGCCAUACACACAUACAUACAUAUUCAAGUGUGAAGUAUUCUUCAGCAAGGCAUUCGUUUCCUUUAUGUGCAUCUGCUCCAUGACUACACAUAAUCUCAGCAAUGUAGCACUUAUUCUAAUUUUCAUUUUACAAAAUGUGUGUACGUGUGUGGAAAGAGAGAGGAAAUGGUGCUUCUUUUUGUAUUAUUGAAAAAAUAGGCCAUAUAUAUAAACGCAUUUCUAACUAUUUCUAAAUUAUAAACUUCAGUAUAUUCUUACUAUUAGCAUUACUGUUAUUUACUACUGCAUAUUGGUUCUCUUCAUUGUCAAACGCGCUCGUAUGCAUACAUUCCGCCUGCUCCUACUUAAUCUACUCGACUAUACUCCAUAUAUUAUCACCAUUAUGUAAUAACGUGUUGUUGAACAAUGUAAUCGCUUGUUUUUUCUCUCAAAGUCUGAAUAAAUACUUUUCACCCAC